AAGCGUUUUCAUACUGAAAUAUGUGUGGGCUACUAAAUGGGGUGGUGUGCGUCUAGUUUUCUUUUCCUUAUUUUUUCUUUUUAUUGUAGCAAGUUGUAAUGAUACGUCAAUAAUUUUUGUAUUCUGUGCAACACAAGGAAUACUAAACUGUUGUAAGAUUAUUUCACCGAUAGAUAGUCACUGCAUGUUCAAGUUAAUUAACGCUCUGGUAAUCUUUUCCUCCAGAUCAAUUGCUUGAUGAACUACCGCUGAAAUAUUUAACGCUUCACGCUUACGUUAUGCCAUUGGAGAUGGAGCCCAAAGCAAACAGUCUUGCUUUUGGGUGUCAGCGAAGCUCAACAUCUGAUGAUGACUCUGGCUGUGCCCUGGAAGAAUAUGCCUGGGUCCCACCAGGCCUUAGACCAGAGCAGGUACAGCUUUAUUUUGCCUGUUUGCCAGAGGAGAAGGUCCCUUACGUUAACAGCCCUGGAGAGAAACACAGAAUUAAACAACUUCUCUAUCAGUUGCCACCCCACGAUAAUGAGGUGAGAUACUGUCAGUCUUUAAGUGAAGAAGAAAAAAAGGAACUGCAGAUGUUUAGUUCUCAGCGCAAAAAGGAGGCACUCGGGAGAGGCACUAUUAAACUACUCUCAAGAGCAGUGAUGCAUGCAGUUUGUGAACAGUGUGGUACUAAAGUAAACGGCGGUGAAGUUGCAGUCUUUGCCUCAAGAGCUGGGCCUGGUGUGUGCUGGCAUCCAUCAUGUUUUGUGUGCUUCACAUGUAACGAGCUUCUCGUUGACCUAAUCUACUUCUACCAAGAUGGAAAAAUUCACUGUGGCAGACACCAUGCUGAACUUCUUAAACCUCGAUGUUCAGCCUGUGAUGAGAUCAUUUUUGCUGAUGAAUGUACAGAAGCUGAGGGUCGUCACUGGCACAUGAAACACUUCUGUUGCCUGGAGUGUGAAACGAUCCUGGGUGGACAGAGAUACAUCAUGAAGGACGGGAGACCAUUCUGCUGUAACUGUUUUGAAUCUCUCUAUGCAGAAUACUGCGAGACCUGUGGGGAACACAUUGGUGUUGACCAUGCUCAGAUGACCUAUGAUGGACAGCACUGGCAUGCCACAGAGACUUGCUUUUCCUGUGCUCAGUGCAAGACCUCUUUGCUUGGUUGCCCCUUCCUUCCAAAGCAAGGGCAGAUUUAUUGCUCAAAAACUUGCAGCUUGGGUGAGGAUGUUCAUGCCUCCGACUCUUCUGAUUCUGCAUUUCAGUCUGCUCGAUCAAGAGACUCCAGGAGGAGUGUCCGUAUGGGAAAAAGCAGCCGGUCGGCUGACCAGUGCCGCCAGUCCCUCCUUUUGUCACCAGCCCUCAAUUACAAAUUUCCUGGUCUUUCAAGCAAUGCUGAUGAUACUCUUUCUCGUAAGCUGGAUGACUUAAGCCUUUCAAGGCAAGGGGCAGGCUUUGUUAAUGAAGACUUCUGGAAAGGAAGAGUAGAGCAAGAUAUGCCUGAAGACCCUGAAGAAUGGGCUGAACAUGAAGACUACAUGACUCAACUUCUUCUGAAGUUUGGUGAUAAAAGCCUCUUCCAGCAGCCUGCUGAAGUAGACAUUAGAUCAAGUGAACACUGGAUUUCUGAUAGCAUGGUCAAGAGCAAGUUGGACUUGAAAAAAAAUAAUCCAAGCCUAGCAAGUAAAAAGUAUCAGUCAGACAUGUACUGGGCCCAGUCGCAGGAUGGCUUGGGUGACUCAGCAUAUGGCAGCCAUCCAGGCCCUGCUAGCAGCAGAAAAAUCCAGGAGUUAGACAUGGAACAUGGGGCUGCAGGAUACAAACAUGACCAAACACCAUGGUAUGAAGGUUCAUUGGAGUGCCUAUCUGAUCUGAAACAGCAAGAACAAAGUGUUCGAGACUCAAUGGAUUCUUUGGCUUUGUCUAACAUAACAGGGGCUUCAAUGGAUGGAGAAGGCAAGCCACGGCCAUCUCUCUAUUCCUUGCAAACUUUCCAGGAACUAGAGGUGGAGGACUGUGAGAAAAUGAGCAACAUGGGAACUCUGAAUUCUUCAAUGCUCCAUCGGAGCACCGAGUCCUUGAAGAGUUUGAGCUCAGAGUUGUGUCAGGAAAAGGUGUUACCAGAGGAAAAGCCAGUGCAUAUGCCUGUACUGAGAAGGUCUAAAUCCCAGUCAAGACCACAGCAAGUAAAGUUUUCAGAUGAUGUUAUUGAUAAUGGAAGUUAUGAGAAUGUUGAAAUUAGACAACCUCCAAUGAGUGAACGGACUCGUAGGCGUGUUUAUCAUUUUGAAGAGCGUGGAAGUCGGCCUCACCAUCAUCGUAGAAGAAGCAGGAAAUCACGUUCAGAUAAUGCACUUAACUUGGCUGCAGAAAGAAGAUGUUCUCCAAAAGAGAGAUUUCGUUUUUAUUCUCCUCAGGAUCAUGAAAAAUUUAUUCAAAAUAAAAGCUCACGUGAGAUUCAGGCAUAUAUUCAAAAUGCAGAGCUGUAUGGACAGUAUGCCCAUACUACUUCUGAUUAUGCACUGCGAAAUCAGGUGGUUGAUAAAUUUUUUGGAUUAUAUGGUGAUGAAGAUGACUCUUGGUGUUCAACUUCAUCCUCAUCAUCUGAUUCUGAAGAGGAAGGAUAUUUUCUAGGACAGCCAAUUCCACAGCCACGAUCACUGAGAUAUCCAUACUACACAGAUGACCUUUCUGGUACAACUACUGCAUUAUCUAGUUCUCAGUUUGGACAAAGGACAACCAAAUCAAAGAAGAAGAGGGGACACAAAGGGAAAAAUUGCAUAAUUUCUUAAUUUGUUUUAACAGUUGGGAAGACCAGUCAACUCUAUAGCUACAGUUUGAACCGUAUCUUUUUGUAUUAACUGUACUUAGGCAAGUUGCUAAGGUUCUUAAUGCUUUGCCAGUGUAAAUGAUAACACCACCAGAGUUUACAUUGUAAAAAUAACAUUCAGAAAUGUCACUAUGCCAAAUGAUGAUCUGCUCAGAUACUGCUAGGUUUAUAAUAUUAUGUUCCAGCUGUCAAAAUACUGUUACUGCAGUCCUUGAUACAGACGUUUUGUAGACACUUUUGUGCUCGCUACUCACCUGUGUUUAGUUAAUCUGACAGAAGGGAUUCAACAAAGAUAAGUAAAUAAAACUGUCUACCCUGUACUGUAGCUUUACUCAUACAGGUGGUCUUUGAAUUUCCUUUUCUCUCCAUGAAGACAAAGGCUCUACACUAUCCCCCUUUUCUGCUGAUAAAGCUCAUUCUUCCUCCUGGAAGUUUCUUUACAAAAACUGGAACUUGUUUUAUUUGGGAAAAUGCUGCUCUUCCAAAGAGUCCUCUAUUAAGGAGGCAAAAAUCAGAAUGUGACGGUUGAAACGCUUGAGGCUCUGAUGAUACAUCCUAAAGCAGCAGUAAACGGCUUACACGUUUAACUUUCAUGUUUUUAGAGUUCUAACCCUAUGUAAGGAUUCUGUUCUGCCUGUUUAAAGGAAGUUAUUAAUUCAGCUGUUUUAGAAUUGAACCAGGUUGUUUUGAUGGGUCUAAACCUAGUUGCAACUGCCACUGAACAGUGAUGCUUUCUGUGUCCUCUCUUCCCCCUGCACCCCUCCAAUAGCAUUAAAAGAGUAGGGUGCAAAUGCUGGAAUCCUUUGCUCAGGCACGUAACCCCAUUUAAAUAAGUCAAUGAAUCUACUUAUGUAACAAAUAUUUUCCUAAGGGCUUAAAGGAUUAGGCUCCAUAUCUGUCUUUUGAAAUGCAUUAUCCAGGUUUUAAAAUGUAUUAGCUGCAAUUCUAAAUUGAACACAUUGAUAUUUAUAAUGUAGAAUUUCAUAGGCUAAAGUGUAUUCAUAAUUUAACAGUGCAAAUACUAAUGUACAUAUUGUACAGUUUAAAAUUUUAAAAGCUGAAUAUUUUUAUAUCCCUGAAUUUGAAGAAGUUUGUUACAAUAUCAAACUAGAUUUGUUAGGGGUUUAACAGCAGCAUUAUGGAUGAAAUAUCGCUUGUAUUCUAGUCAGGGGUUUUAAGUUUAAAAAUAUUAAAAAAAAUGUUUAGUGCAAAACAUCUUAAUUUUGUCUAUUAGGUAUUAAAAGCUCUGUAUGCAUGGUGAGACUAUGUAAAUACUCUCUAAACUAUGGCCCUUUUAAUCUUGCAAGUGUUAUUUAUGGGUCAAGCAAAAUGUAAACUAUAUCUAUGUAAAAACCACACAAACAUGGAAUAUACCAGUACACCAAUGA